AUGACUCUUUUACAUACUAUUGCUGGAUUUCUUGCACGGAAAACAGACUUUUUCACUGGUGGCGAUGAUGGCGAGUGGGAAAAAGUUCUAUUGAAAAUUUUCCGUAGUGAAGGAGCUAAUGCAAUCACAAUUGCUAAGCAAAAACGAAAAGAGAAAGAAGAAGCUGAAAAGAAACGUCAAGAAGCAUCAAAAAAGAAGCGGCAAGAAGAGGAAGAAGCUGCAGCAGCAAUGGCUCGUCAAUCAGCCUCAAUCACUGAACUUACUGAUGAAGAAGCCACCAAACUUCAAAUGGAACUCGAUGGUAAAAAGAAAGGAGUCGAAGAGCCGGUGGAGGUUUCCAAACCACUUGGCGAUCAAGCUGAUGAAGAUGACGAAGCUGAAAAAGGAAAAUUGAAACCAAAUGCCGGAAACGGAUGCGAUCUUGAAAAUUAUCGAUGGACACAAACUUUACAAGAAGUUGAGCUUCGUGUACCAUUCAAAAAUAUCACAAAUCUUAAAUCUCGUGAUGUAGUUUGUGUUAUAUCAAAGAAAGCUCUUAAAAUUGGAUUAAAAAAUCAAACACCAGUCAUUGAUGGCGAACUUAACGCAGAGAUUAAAACGGAAGACUCUUUGUGGACCAUCGAUAAGAACUCAGUUGUCAUAACUUUUGAGAAGAUAAACCAAAUGUCGUGGUGGGAUAAACUUGUCAAAACUGAUCCUCCGAUCUCUACAAGAAAAAUCAAUCCCGAACCUUCAAAGUUGUCGGAUUUAGAUGGUGAAACACGAUCAUUGGUCGAGAAAAUGAUGUACGAUCAACGUCAGAAAGAAAUGGGAUUACCAACAAGCGAAGAUCAGAAGAAGCAAGACGUUCUCCAAAAAUUCAUGAAAGAACAUCCCGAAAUGGAUUUCAGCAAAUGCAAAUUCAAUUAA